AUGAGCCUUUGAAAAAGAAACCUGUUUUGCUCUGCUUUUAUAGUCAGAUGUUUUUUUACUUGCUGCUAUUUAGUUCUGUUGCGUUUAUGAAGUCUGAAAACCUGGUGAUCAUUUAAAAAAGGAUGCUGUGCAAUUCUAGUGUAUUCUAUGUGAAGCUGAUCUAAGUGAGAAAUGAAGGCUCGAAAGGCAGCCAUUCACAAGAACAUCAAGCGCUAGAGGGACGUGAAGGCUUCAGAAGUGCGUGAUCUCACGGGCAUCAUGGGCUCUUCGUGCUUCGGGCUGAUGCUGAUUCUGAUGCUGCUGGUCAGUUUUCGGGGCUCCGGCAGUGUUUGUCCGCGGUUGUGCGCCUGCUCUGUUCCCGCUGAAGUGCACUGCACCUUCCGUGCGCUCGGGGCCGUUCCCGCAGGCAUCUCCAAACAAGUCCAGCGCAUCAACUUUGGGUUUAACACUAUAAAUCACAUCACAGACGUCUCCUUUGCUGGUCUUCGAAAACUAGAGCUGCUCAUGAUGCACGGCAACAACGUGCAGAAAAUACCAGAUGCUGCUCUUCAGGAUCUUGUUUCUUUACAGGUUUUAAAAAUGAGCUACAACAAACUGAGAGUCAUUACCGGUCACACCUUCUCUGGUUUGACGGCCCUGAUUAGACUACAUCUGGACCACAACCGCAUCGAGUUCAUCCACCCGGACGCGUUCAGUGGGCUUACCUCACUGCGUCUGCUCCAUCUAGAGGCCAACAAUCUGCAAAAGCUCCAUCCUGCUACUUUCAGCACGUUCUCGCUGCUGCGGCGUUUCCACGUCUCCACCCUGAAGCAUCUGUACCUCUCUGAAAACCUCCUCAGCUCGCUGCCCAGAAACAUGCUGGAGAGCAUGCCGCAGCUGGAGAACCUCUUCUUAUACGCAAACCCGUGGAGCUGUGACUGCCGGAUGAGCUGGUUACAGGACUGGAGCGUGCGAAAUUCAGGGGUGAUGAAAUGCAAAAAGGACAGAUCGUUUUCCAGCGGUCAGCUCUGUCCACUAUGUGCAUCUCCAAAACACCUUAAAGGACAAGAAAUCUCAGAUCUCAAAGAGUUUGUCUGCUUUGGACCAGCUAUCAGCUCUCCAGGAAAGAAUGUCUCACACGAGGAUAACAUGAGUGAACUCCUGCCCAUCGACAGGAUCAAACCACCGUUUGGAAACAUCUCCCUUGGUUUAUCCGACGAGCAUGGGACUAAAGUGGACUUGAUCUGCCAAAUACUUGAACCAAGAGAUUCCACUAAAAUCAGUUGGAAUUAUACAAAAUCUCUGGAGAUCGCUGCUAACGUGACUCUUUUCUUUGACCUGGAAUGUCCUGUGGACAGAGACAACUAUGAAAGCUUUUGGAGGCUUCUUGCGUACUACAGUGAAGUGUCUGUGCAUCUACGAAGAGAAAUCAUGCUAAGCAGAGAGCCGGAGCUGAGCUACAGAUACAGACAGGACAUUGAAAAGGAUGCUUACUUUUAUACUGGUGUCCGAGCCAGUGUUUUAGCCCAUCCAUCAUGGCUCAUGCAGUCUUUCAUGAACAUCAAGUUAAACAGGCCUUAUUCCUCCUCCAAGAGUGUGAGACUCAUUCUUAACACUCAUUUGACUACCACUACAGACAAGGAGCCCAUCAGAUCUUGGGUCAUGAUUGAGCAUGACAAUAAAACCCAGACGAGCUUCAGUUCUGUUGUGGGUGGUACGGUUGAAAUGGGCUGCCGUGUGCAAAGCUCUGGAAACGCAGCCGUUCGAUGGAUGGCGCCCGACGGGUCGCAGAUUAAAGCUGCGUUCAGCUCGACCGACAGAGUGACCGUUUCUAGCAGUGGCAAACUUCAUAUUAAAUCUGUCGAGCACAGAGACUCUGGAGUUUAUUAUUGCGUUGCUGAGGUUGCAAGAGAUAUCGAUGUUCUGCCUUUCCGUUUAUCCGUUAUAGAGUCCUCAACCCCGCUUCCAGGUGAAGAAUUUGGAAACGCUUUAACAAAGUUUGUUGGCGAGUCUGCAUCUUUGCCCUGUCUUACUACGGCAACUCCAGACGCUGUGGUGAAUUGGAUAUUUCCAGAUGGCAGUGUACUGAAUGCCAAAGCCAAUACAUCCAGGGCUUUAGUCUUUUCCAACGGGACUUUGUUCAUUCCGUAUAGUCAGCUUAACAAUAAUGGAUAUCACAAAUGUGUCGCUAUGAACCAGCAUGGUGUGGAUGUACUGGCCACUAAACUAACUGUUAUGAGGCGGAAAGGAAUCCAACCUCUCCGACAGUAUCCCAUCAGACCGCAGUCUGCCGCGGGAGUGUCCACUAAGGUAAAAGCCUAUUUGGAGGAUGCGGAAGAAGCUUCUGGAGAUGAAACUCAAGAAAGAAUAGUACCAAACAGAAGCUUUAUUAAUCGAAGGAGGGGUCCAAAUGCAAGAACACAAGGACGUUCUUUUGGCAACAUCCGCCGUAGGCAGCCCAAUAGAAAGGGCAUGCAUGGACAACCAAACAGAACUGGCUUAACAAACCAAAGAACUGUUAAUACCAGGAACAAAAUAUAUCCUCAGAAAUGGGCUGUUCUUUUGGCCAAAAUCCGUGAGAAAACCUCUCCAAAGAACUCAUCAAUUAACAUUGUCCAGCAUGGCACAGCAGAGAAAAGUCUACAGAUGAUGAAUGUAGAUCAUCCAGGGUCGAUUGACAACAUUGAGAGUUCUUCUGGUGACUCCAGUCCACAGGAAGAAUCAAACACUUUCAGCACUCCACACCAAACGGAUAUUUACCACACGCGUGCAAUUACACCUCAUAUUGAGGCGCAAAAUAAUAACAUGUACCUAACGGCUCCUCCAGAAUUACAAACUAGCUCAGAGGAGGUGCCUUACAUCUCAAAUCCCACAUCUGGACCCCAUUAUGUUAUGACAGAGGUGAACGUUGUAGAAAGAGGGCAUGUGAGCACCAUAAGUGCUGAAAAUAACCAAGUAUAUUCCCGGUCUGUCAUCAAACCGGAGUCUGUGAAAGAAAAUGAGCUUAAAUUCCCCGGAAAGACCGGCGUCCAGUCACAGAUUGGGGGUUUUGUUUCUGGAAACCCUGACAGCACUGCGUUUGCAACCACAUCAACCGGCAGCAUUAGCCCACCAAGUUCAGCGCGGUCGAGAGCAAAAGAUCACUGGAGCUCCAGGCGCAGAUUUGAAAGUAGACGACGAAUAAAAUUAAGACGGCCGUUCUCAAAGCUUCCUACAAGAAGACCAUGGUCAACAUCUACAGGUGUAGGAGUUCAUGGUCAAACUGUAACUUUGAAAGCUGAUCCCACAAACCCAGGUGAAGAUGCAAUGAUCCAUCCAGCUACUACAACUACUGCUCACGUUUACUCCAGAACCACAUCUAGAGGCAGAUUGAGCCAUUCAACUUCUACAAACACUGCUCUCAUUUAUUCCUCAAAUCCAGCUGAAAGCAUGUCAGUCCAAUCAACUAUCCCAGAAACCACUCACAUUUACUCCACAACUUUAGCUGGAAGCACGUCUGAAUAUCUGACUACUACUCCCAUUUAUCCUACUGUGCCGAGGGAAUUACCGAAUGCCGUCAAUGAGGAAGAUACCAUCUCCCUCCCGGAUGACUCAGAAAUCCCCAAAGUGAAGGCAAACAAUUUCCUACAAGUUCAAGGGGUGACAAACUCCAGAAGCCCCUCCACGUCUCACCCCACGAGCACAACAUCAGGGCUUGAAAAUGAAGACAUCCCUUCUUUUGAGCAGGAAGAGGACGGAAGCAUUGCAUCUGCAGAGGAGAUGGAUGAGUACUUGGUUCCCACGAGUGUAGAUCCAACAUCUCAACCUGGCGUCGAAACCGUCCCACUGACAGCUGCUCGGCAGGAGUUCACAGGCACACUUUCAACAGUGUUUCCAAAGGCCAACAAAGAGAUUCAUCCAACAGAGAUCAGCUUUACUUUGGACACAGAUGGGCUGGAAGUCUUCCACUUACCUGAAUCACACUUUAGCAAUGUUCAAAGAGAGAACGAUACGUUGGAAGUAAGUUCUAGAGUAGAAUCUGUAGUCACCUCCAUGCCACAACCCCAAGACUACCCACUUUCACAACCAAAUGAAAGCUUUAAAGAAGAAGAAUUGAUUCGCAACCAGUUAUCUCUUCCCUCAACACCAGAGACACUUAAACAAUCCAUAAUAUCUUUAGGGACACAAACCAAGUCUUUACCCACAAGUUCACCACCUCAAACCAAUGAGAUUUACUUCCUACAACCAAACUCUGUUUCUAAGCAAGACCAAAGGGAAAGGAUAGUCCAGGAACUUGAUGAACCUUUGAUUGUUCCUUCAACAUCACUGAAUACUUUUCCUACAAUUACAUUUCCAGUAACUACAGCCAUAAUUCCCAUUACGACCCAACUCAUUGGAACAACAACACCAUCUACUACACCGUCGACAGCUGCUACUACUACACCUGCUCUAAAGUUAACACCCAGUUAUCCCUUACCAGACAAUAGAAUCCCAUUUUACUCAAGGAAUCCUGGAACGAACUACAUUGAUUCCAGGCACAGGGGAAGAUUUCCCAGCACUAACCACAGGUAUCCGUACUAUAACAGUAGAAAUCCCUCUGGUAAUAUUAGACCUAAUAUUAUCAGAACCCCUUCCGUCACCACCUCACCUGUGGAAUUAAACUCUCUCAACAACGUCAGAUCAACUACAACACCUAAGAUAUUGACUGCUCAAUCUGCCACCUCGAGUCGCACAACUGCGUCGAGCACCACGCAGCCAAACAGCCAAAGUCAGAUCGAUGAACCAGUCAACGGACAAUCGAGUGCAGUUCUGCUUUCUCAAGGACCACAAACUCUUCCUACCCUCCAAAUGAGACCCAGGAUCACUGCUGCCAAACUCCACACAGUCACUGUGAAUGCUGGGACAGAUGUGCAGUUACCAUGUGAUUCUGUGGGGGAGCCGAAACCCCUCCUGACCUGGACCAAAGUCUCCACAGGAGCCGUCAUGUCAGCCAAUACCAGAGUCCAGCGGUUUGAGGUACAGUCCAACGGCACUUUUGUCAUCCACAACAUUCAGCUUCAGGACCGCGGGCAGUAUCUGUGCAGCGCUCGCAAUCCACACGGCAUUGAUAAGCUGAUGGUGACCCUUGUGGUGUUGGCCCACGCGCCCAAGAUGAUGCUUCCACGUCAUAAAGACAUGACGGUGUAUCUCGGAAACAGUGCACUCUUGGAAUGCCAAGCACAAGGCCUCCCCAUCCCAAACAUCAGCUGGGUGCUUCCGGAUCGAUCGGUGGUGCGAGCAGUUAGUAACAGAGAACAGAAGGUCGUGCUCUUCACCAAUGGAACGCUUCAAGUCAAAAACACCAAUUACCUGGACAAAGGCAUCUACAAAUGCAUAGCGAGCAACGCCGCUGGAGCCGACAUGCUUUCCGUGAGGCUUCAAAUCGCAGCCUUGCCUCCCACAAUCCAAGAGCAGCUCUGGGAGAACCACACCAUCUCUGAUGGCCAAUCAGCGUUCAUGCACUGCACCGCUAAAGGCGCGCCCGGUCCGGCCGUCCGAUGGGUCACGUUCACCGGCGCACAGCUUCGCCCUUCACAGUUCGUCAAUGGCAAUUUGUUCGUUUUCCCCAACGGGACGCUGUUUAUUCGUAAACCUACAGAGAAGGAUGCUGGGAAUUAUCAAUGCGUGGCUGUGAAUUCGGUGGGAGUUGCUAAAAGGACUGUGAAUCUGCAGGUGCAGAGGCACUCCACUACCGCCAGAAUCAUGUCCACUUCUGCACACAGUACUGAUGUCCGCUACGGAGGCCAGUUGAGUCUCAACUGUUCGGCCACUGGAAGCCCCAAUCCCAGGAUCAUCUGGAGGACGCCGUCUAAAAAACUGGUUGAUGCAUAUUACAGCUUUGAUCGCAGAAUGAAAGUGUUCGGCAACGGCACGCUCACCAUCACGUCAGUGACCGAGAAGGAUGAGGGCGACUAUCUCUGUGUGGCCAGAAACAAAAUGGGCGAUGACUACGUUCUCCUUAAAGUCAACGUGAUGAUGAAAGCGGCUAAAAUCGACCACAAGUCACUGAGCGAUCACGAGGUGUUGUACGGAGGAGAGCUGAAAGUGGACUGCGUCGCUUCAGGUCUUCCCAACCCAGAAAUCACGUGGAGUCUUCCGGACGGUACCAUGGUAAACGGCAUCCCACAAUCUGAUCACAGCUGGGUCCGCACCAAGAGAUACGUGAUGUUUGAUAAUGGUACUCUGUAUUUAAACAAAGUCGGAAUGAAGGAGGAAGGCGACUACACGUGCUACGCCGAGAAUCGGAUUGGGAAAGAUGAAAUGAAGGUUCAUAUCAAGGUGGUGGCGGAUGCACCGAUCAUCCAAAACAACGUUUACAGUGUCGUCAAAGUUCGUUUUGGGGAAACAGCCGUCCUCAAUUGCAGCGCCAAAGGAGAACCGACUCCCACCAUCACAUGGACGUCUCCGGCUCAUCGCGCCAUAGUGCCAUUAUCCAACAAGUACCAGAUCGCCAACAAUGCCACUUUGCACAUUCAAAAAAUCCAAAGGUUUGAUUCCGGAAAUUAUACUUGCUCGGCCAGGAACAUUGCGGGAACUGACAAGAAAGUCGUCCACGUUGAAGUCCUUGUGUCAACGCCGGUCAUCAAUGGAUUCGAGAGUUCAGAGAUUGUCCGUAAAACUGUCGUGAAGGAUCAGCGUGUGCUUUUAGACUGCAGAGCAAACGGAAACCCUGUUCCAAGGAUCAUGUGGGUGUUUCCCAAUAACAUCGUGCUUCCUGCGCCGUACUAUGGCUUGAGGAUUACGGUCCAUCGCAACGGCACGCUGGACAUUCACUCUGUGCGGAUAAGCGAUUCCGUCGCGCUUCUUUGCAUCGCACGCAAUGAAGGAGGAGAAGCCAAACUCCAGGUUCAACUUGAGGUGACCGAAGGUGUUGAAAAGCCACGGUUGAGAAGUUCGCCUACGGAGUCCGUCCAACUCACCAAUGGGAUAUUAAGUCUAAACUGUUCCAUAGAAGGAAAACCAACGCCAGAGAUCACUUGGAUUCUCCCCAAUGGGACGUCUCUUCUUAGGGGAACCAGUGUUUUCCAUUUCCAUCAUCGACUUGAUGGGACGUUGGUCAUUAAAGACCCGUCGAUUUCAGAGGUUGGAUGGUAUCGCUGCAUUGGGCGCAACAGCGCCGGAUAUGUAGAGCGAACCGUGACGUUGGAGUCCAACAGAAAACCAGAAAUCACUAACAAGUACAGCUCACUCGUCAGCAUCAUAAACGGCGAGAAUCUGCAUCUCAACUGUUUGUCCGGUGCUCACCCGUUGCCCAGACUUACCUGGACUCUACCAAACGGAGUCGUCCUAACCAGGCCGCAGACAACCGGACGCUAUUCGGUCCUAAACAACGGCACUCUAACUGUCCAGAGGACAUCUGUUUACGACAGGGGGAUGUACCUCUGCCAAACUACUAAUGAACAUGGAUCGUCCAGCCUGAUGGUUUCGGUGAUAGUAAUUGCGUAUCCGCCGCGUAUAACCAAAGGGCCAGCGCCGGUGACUUACGCUAGUCCGGGAGUGGCGGUUCAGUUAAACUGCGUUCCUCUCGCUACACCUAAAGCCGAGGUGGUUUGGGAAAUGCCUGACGGUCUUCAGCUGAAGGUUGGCGUCCAGCCGCGUCUUUAUGGAAACAAGUAUCUCCAUCCGCAAGGUUCACUGGUCAUUCAGAACCCUUCCAGCAGAGACAAUGGCGUUUAUAAGUGCACCGCCAAAAAUGUGGUCGGUAGCGACAGCAGAUCAACUUACGUGUAUGUGUUUUGAUGCAAACUCACUUUACGGACAAGCCCGAAGAACUGCGUUAGACUGUCCAUACAAAAAUAUGAACACUUUCUACUGACUCUUGUAAAUAUGAAAGCGUGAUAUUUUAAUCCACUUCAAAUGAAGCUACUCUGGAGACUCGUUAACGGACAUCAUUAAUGCUCUUGGGAAGUAAACCGAUAAUCAGGCCCACAUGGAAU